CGUCAGGCGAUCGUUGGCCGAAGACGCGGCCCGGCGGAUGCCGAUCCCUGCAUGGGUUACUAAAUUGAACUCGCCUCAGCCACACCCGCCAUAUCCACUCCCUCCACUCGCCCCGAGUCCCCGUCCCUCCCCCGCUCGCCCAACCCUUCCUCUCACCCGCCGUCGCGUACAUCGCGCCUCACACGCUGUACAUGCCUUCUGGCCGCCGUUACGCCCGCCGACACAGAUCUCAGUCUGCUUCCUCUCCGUCCCGUGCUCUAUUUCCGGCCGACGAUCCCAAAUGGCGCACAUCAUCCAAGCGCGCGCGUCUCAGCAGUCCAAGGAGCCUUUCCUACAAGGAACUCGUUGCCCUAGGGGAACGACCCGAAAAGUGGGAUGUUGACCAGUGGCGAAGAGGAAAGCGCGCCCGCAGAGAUGCUUCCCCCAGGGACAGGGAAAGCGACCCGUAUACACUCCCAGCUGCCUUCGCACCGUCAUCCGAGGGCAACGUGCGUUCAAUGUCCGUACCAGGGCUUCCUAGCACGUCAGCCGCCUUCAACCUGUUUCCCGAGCGUCGCCAUCGGAAAACGCGCCAUCCAUCCCCGCGUAGCCCACCGCAACAUAACAACAUGUCGGUCAUCGAGACCGGCCUCUCGUCGGCCGGAGAGCUCGAACUGCGUGCGCACGCGUUCUCGGAGCUGAAGCGCAGUGUGGCGGAAAGCGGAGAGGGCCAAGUCCAGCGCCUGCGCGACAUGGAGAACUCGCGGUGGCGAUUAUCGGUCGACCAGCGGGAUCGCAAUGACCCACCCCGCGGACCACGCGCGCAACCUGGCUUGCCCGUGCUGCAGAACGCGGAGCCUGCGACCGCGUGGGACGAGGAGGACGACGUCGAGAUCGUCUCGAGUGAGCCCGCGUCGGGAUCAGCGCAUCUCCAUAACCGGAGUUCUUCGUGCAAGAAGCGCGCCAUGUCGCUCAACAUGAUGGACAUGGACAUUGACGUCCCUGACGUGGACGGGCCGUUGUCGCCAGCCUUGCCCAGUGCGGAGCCGAGCGAGCGCUGUUCCUCGCCAUUCAGUGCCUUCACCGGCCCGUCCGUGUACUCCUCCGAGGACGACAUGUCUCCCGUCGAGCUCGACGGCGCCACGCCGUACUCGGAGCCAAAUGUCCCACGUCUCACGCUCUCCUACACGGCAUCCUCCAAUCCGUCUGUCGUCUCCCUGUCGCCCAGCUCGUUUGCAGGAGCGACGCCCGCUAAGGCCGACAUCACCGACUCCGCCACACGCUCGGAGAAAGCGAUUGCUGCGCUCGCACUCGCGAUGGCCAAUGGGGCAUGCGGUCUCAACGACUACUCGGCCAUUCAACAUACCGAACACACCUUGGACCCGUCCGACGGCUGCCAGGUCGGAGAGCUCUGGCAUUGAUUAUUCCUAUUAUUACGCAACCGCCGCAAAAGCCGCACACACGCAUCGCAUUAUCAUUUCCUUCCCAAUUCCCUCGCAUCCUUCCUGCAUAUUGUCGCGCGAAGCAAACCAUUGGGCUAAUGAACGAAGAAACCAACACAAACUGUGCUAUAUCCAAGGGUCCCGAGUCGUUUUGAAAGUUUCGUGUCUCCCUAGUCGAACACCGAGCAUCUUUGGCAAGUGUAUUAUUACUCCUCUUGUGUCCUGUGGACUACGGUCGAUCUACUCCAAUGCGUUAAGUAAUUACGAUGGUUUUCUCUGGUAGACAUUACUAUCCAAAUUUGUGCCGAUUCCAUC